UGUAAAAUUUUUAAAUUGGGACUUAGCUACUUUUCACUCUAAGCUAGCGAUAUGUCUAUGUACAUAUAUAUUCCAAACUCUAUUCUUUUAAAUUGCUACAAACAACCGCUCUGUGAGCAAAGUAAUAAUACCCUUGUGCACAAAUGCGCUCGGGUAUAAAAAGAAAAUAAAAAAUUGUUACUAUGCACAUCUGUUUUUCUAAAGUUUUAAGUCGCCACAGGCAUUUGGAGUUUUUACUAGUGCCGGUUUUUUGUGGCUAUAUUUUUGCUUAAACAUAGUGUUUGAACUUAUUUAUAAGUGUAUAGACAAACACACAUUGUUAUUAUAUUUGCAUGCUGCGCUUAAAAGACUGUAAAGAGCUUAAGAGCGCACUGCCUUAUUUUUUGCUAAAAUGCUCUCUUAGAUGGCAUCUCUUUGCAACGUUGUUAUGCGUUGCCAACUACGGGUACAUACGGAGAGUGCGGCAAAUGGUGUUCAUAACUUAAUUACCAGGGCCGGAUCUACGGUGGGGGAAAAAUAGGGGAAAUAUGCGACACACGAGGUUUUUUCGAUUUUUAUUAAUUUUCUACUUUCUGCCUCUAUUUCAGGUACAAUGAUCCCCAAAUCUGGCGGCGAUUAUGCUUACAUCGGCACAGCGUUUGGUCCACUGCCCGCUUUCCUAUAUCUCUGGGUAGCGCUGCUUGUACUCGUACCAACUGGAAAUGCCAUAACAGCGCUCACAUUCGCACAAUAUUUGCUGCAACCAUUUUGGCCGUCAUGCGAUGCGCCCAUUGCGGCGGUACAACUGUUGGCAGCCGUGAUGACAUGUAUUCUGACAGUCAUCAAUUGCUACAACGUACGUUGGGUGACGCGUGUCACCGACAUCUUUACCGGCACCAAGGUAUUCGCAUUGCUUGUGAUAGUCGCUGCUGGCGCAUGGUAUCUCUUCGCCGGCCACACAGAGCAGUGGGAUGAACCAAUGCGUGGCACCUUCACUGCACCCGGUUUGAUAGCGCUCGCUUUCUACAAUGGUCUCUUCUCGUACUCUGGCUGGAAUUAUUUGAAUUUUGUCACAGAAGAACUAAAGGAUCCAUACAAGAAUCUGCCACGUGCCAUAUGCAUCUCCAUGCCGGUGGUGACGCUAAUCUAUGUGGUGACAAAUAUUUCCUAUUUUUCGGUGCUCUCGCCAGAGGAGAUGUUGUCUUCGGACGCAGUCGCCGUGACUUUUGGCGAUAAAAUGCUCGGCUUCAUGUCCUGGCUCAUGCCGUUCUUUGUCGCCUGCUCGACUUUUGGUUCGUUAAACGGUGCCAUAUUUGCCUCUUCGCGUCUCUUUUUUGUCGGUGCACGAAAUGGUCAUUUGCCUGCGGCAAUUUCACUCAUCAAUGUGAAUUGUUUGACGCCUGUGCCAUCGCUAUCUUUCUG